GAACUGACAAAGUGUGCCGCAGUGAAUAAUAAAGGCAACUUCCUGGAUACAACAAGCUUUAGGCUUUGCUGAAAAAAUCUGAUAUAUCAUUUUACAGCAACCAUGCCUCAGAAUGCCAAAGUGACCGUCUUUUUUGGGCCAUAUGAAGCAUGUGGUUGUGUAAAACAUUACACUGCACGACUGGAAGGGCUUGAGAGCUCUCUUAUAAAAGAAGGACAUGAGGUUGAAUUUGAAGAAAUGAGUGACUUAAACAGUGUGGAACUUUGGGUGAAUGGUGAACGUAUUUUUAUGUGUAAAAUACAAGAUUUAGAUUAUGGAGGUGAUGGCAUCUUGGAUAACAAUGUACAGAAAGCAGUAGAAGCCGUUGAGAAUGCGUUUUGAGCGACUGUACAAUGUUCUUAGAGGGUUGUACACGAUUGCAAUAUGUCCAGCAUGUUUUUGUUAGUUUGUUUCAUUUAGAGUCUAUUUUUCCUAUAAAUAUAAAAUAUACAUGUAUCUGUUAAGAUUUUUAAUUAUCAUAUUCAUUAUAUGCCAAUUAUGUCUACUGGUAUCAGUUUCUGUGUAAUCACAUGUUAUAUCUUCAAUCAUUGAGAAACGAAUAGUUUGUUUUGUUGGUUUUGAUAAAAAAAACUGUAUUCAAUGUCUUGUAUGUCUUUGUAUACUCUGUAGUUCAAGUCAUGUUCAGUGUAUCAAGCUGGAUACAUUAUACAUUUAGGAUGUUUGUAUAUAUCUAUUUAAGCUUUACAUUUGUUUUCUCUCAAUGCAUUUUGGAUAUUACUACAUUUAGCCAUAGAGCACAGACAAUUAUAAUAUGUUUUUAAUGUGUUUAUCUAUUAAUUCACUUACAAAUUGACAACCUUCUUAUUAUAUCUCGUUAUAGAUACGAAAUGUAAACCAGAUCAACAAAAUUUUAUGUACUUGUGGAGCCUUACACGGCAAUUAAUGCUAGGAUCAUGUUAUCUCUAUCAUAAUGCAGCCUAUAUGGUAAUGCAUUGUUUGUUUCACGCGAUGACUAUUUUUCGCAACUAUUAGGGAAGGGAGUUAAUUGAGCUAUAAUCGUGAAAAAAAUAUUCACAUGAACUCAAUUUUUACAUGUGCAUUAUAUAUAGCUCUUACAACAAAUGGUUUUUAAGUUAUUUAUAUGUAGCUAUCACCAACUAUAUACAUCCUAUAUUAUGAUAUGUGGGGAGCCGAGUGAGCAAUUUGUUAAUCCAUGUGUGUUUGGUUGAAUGAAAGUGAAGUAAAUGUGAUUACAGUC